AUGAUGGAGCUUGCAAGUGUUAGAAUGCAAAAGGCGGACAAGUUCAGGCGCGCAAGAAGGUGGGGGAAAGGGGAGCCCGGAUGGCUCAGUUGAAGAGCAUGGCGCUGAUAAGGCCAAGGUUGCAGGUUCGAUCCCUUGUAUGGGGGCAGCGGCGCAUUACUGCAUAGCAGCGGGUUGGACUAGAUGACCCUGGGGUCCCUUCCAGCUCGAGAGUUCUAUGAUUCUACGAAAGCGCAUGGAGUGCGGAAGUUGCAUUGCAGCAGUAGGCAAAGGGGGGGGGCGCGCAAGGGUUGCAGAGAGAGAGAGGGAGGGGGGGGACUCGGUCCUCCGCUGGACGACUGACCCGGCCGGGCUCUGUUUCCCAGGGAAGCAGGAAGCUGCAAUCCAAAGGCGGCGGCGCUGGGGGCGUUGCAGAAGCGCCCUGCUCCUUCUUCCGCGGAGGGAAACGCUCCGGCGGAGGCGAGGAGGCGACGAGGUGAGGCUUUUGUGGGGUAGGGAGAGGAAAGACGGGGGAGGGAACCCAACGAGGAUUUGCUCGAGGGGGAAUGAAGGGGAAACGCGCCUCCCACGCGGAGCACUUUCCCCCGGGAAAUGCACGGGGCGGGGUCGUGGGUGACCCGUGCUGUGCGCUCGCGUCGUGCGGCCCAAAGUGCUGCAGGAUCGCCAAUGCAAGACCCCCUUUUAAAACCUCUCUCCCCACCCCAGCUCUGAAAAAAACGGGGGAAGGGGGAACAUGCAGCCCAGACAGAGGGAGGAACCCGCUAUGGGGGAAGCAGCCUCGCUGGGGUGGAUUAACAUAAACCAAAUAUCCUUUCUUAGGCAUAGCAAACCACACAUUAUCAAACAGACACCGUAUGCAAAUUGUGCAAAAUACGAGCUCAGCUCGUCCCAAUGAGAUCUUUAACUCCAGAGAAAAUCAAUUUGCAUAAAUAAUACAGUACAACACUACCACUAUAUAUACUAUAUAUUUUUUAAUGCACCAACUUGAAGAAGUCAGUAUUUCCAAGCAGCGAGCUCAGGUAAGGGAAGGAGGAUUGGGGUCGGCAGAGCAGGCGGUCUUGGUUCCUCCUUCAGUCUUGAGUGCUGAAUAUGCUUCUUUUUUUGGUCUUCGCUGACCUAGUUAUAGGGCCUAGUAGUGAUUUGGUGGAAGGCUGUUAUCACCUCCCCUUGGAGCUGGGAGGAUGGAGCAGGAGACACAAAAAAAGCCUGCUGGGUUGACCACGGUUUCAGCUUAAAAAUACGCAAAAUGAUGAAGGGUUAUUUCCGACAGAUCCUUUUCAAACUUCUCUCCAUCCCUUUCUGUUUUAGCCACCCUGAACAAUUGUGUAGCCCCAGCUCAUGUGUUCUCAUUGCUCACCCUGAACUCUAAGUCAUUCUUGAUCCGUUUUAAAAGCACAGAUUCCGAAUAUUUAUUCCUCAAAAGAACAGAUAUGCUCCUCUAAAUCCUUGCUGUCUUCAGCAAUUCUUUCUCGCAAUGUUCCCAGUAUAUUGUUGUUGUUUAGUCGUUUAGUCGUGUCCGACUCUUCGUGACCCCAUGGACCAGAGCACGCCAGGCACUCCUGUCUUCCCCAGCAUAUUGGUUAAGCUCAUUAGCCUGUAAUUUCAUUUAUAUAUAUAUAUAUAUAUAUGCAGUGGUACCUCGGGUUAAGUACUUAAUUCGUUCUGGAGGUCCGUUCUUAACCUGAAACUGUUCUUAACCUGAGGUACCACUUUAGCUAAUGGGGCCUCUUGCUGCUGCCGCAUGAUUUCUGUUCUCAUCCUGAAGCAAGGUUCUUAACCCGAGGUACUAUUUCUGGGUUAACAGAGUCUGCAACCUGAAGCUUAUGUAACCUGAAGCGUAUGUAACCCGAGGUACCACUAUAUAUAAAUUUAUUUAUUUGUUUUUUUCAGAUUAAAAUUUUACAAUCAGAUAUACAACACAGAAACAAGAUUCCAAAGAAUCUCCUGGGCUUCCCUCCUCCCCUUUGUGGGUCCUAUUGUUAGUCCUUUCCUCCUGCAUAUUUUAUAAUAAUCCAAAUAUUUUACCUCUCCAUUGUGUCCAAAAUUCACCAUGAAACUACAAGUGUUUUUCCAAUCCUACUAACGGAUUUUAACUGUUUACAAUGGUUUUUAAGAUAAGUUAUAAAUUUCCCCCAUUCCUUGUUAACAUUUUGGCCUUCCUGAUUUCUGAGUCUUCCGGUCAUUUUAGCCAUUUUGGCCUAAUCCAUCAAUUUGAUCUGCCAAUCUUCUCUGGUAGGGACUUUAUCUUCUUUUCAGCACUCCUGGUAUGCCCCGCGGAGGACCUUAAGGUCCACAAAUGACAGCAUUUUGGAGGUCCCAGGUUGCAAGGUGGUUAGAUUGGUCUAAACUAGGGCCAGGGCCUUUUCAGUACUGGCCCCAACUUGGUGGAACGCUCUGUCACAAGAGACUAGGGCCCUGCGGGACUUGACAUCUUUCCACAGGGCCUGCAAGACAGAGCUGUUCCACCCGGCCUUUGGUUUGGACUCAGUCUGACCCUUAUGUUGCCCUCCCCUUAUGGUCUUGAUCUAUGGGCUACUUUUAAAAUAAACUUUGUAUACAGUGGUACCUCGGGUUACAUACGCUUCAGGUUACAGAUGCUUGAGGUUACAGACUCCGCUAACCCAGAAAUAUUACUUCGGGUUAAGAACUUUGCUUCAGGAUGAGAACAGAAAUCGUACGGCGGCAGCAGGAGACCCCAUUAGUUAAAGUGGUGCUUCAGAUUAAGAACAAUUUCAGGUUAAGAACGGACCUCCGGAACGAAUUAAGUUCUUAACCCGAGGUACCACUCUAUAAAUUAUGUAUACAUGCUGAAAAUUAUAUUAUAAUAAGCCUCGUGAUGUAAUAUGAUAAUGUUUACUGAUGUAACAUAAGAACGUUAAUAAAUAAAUAAAACUCAAAAAGAAAAAUCAGGACCAGGUGAUGGUAGGUACUCCCAAGGCCCAGCUAAGGAACCUCUCCUGUCUCUCCAGCCAGUGAGUAUCAGUCUGCAUCUUCUCAUCCGUGGGAAUGAUGUGCAGAGAGAGAAUUUUAUCAUUGGAGCUGCCUUUUAGUCCAGAAGGGACGCGGGUGGCGCUGUGGGUUAAACCACAGAGCCUAGGACUUGCCGAUCAGAAGGUCGGUGGUUCAAAUCCCCAUGACGGGGUGAGCUCCCGUUGCUCAGUCCCUGUUCCUGCCAACCUAGCAGUUCGAAAGCACAUCAAAGUGUAAGUAGAUAAGCAGGUACCGCUCCAGCGGGAAGGUAAACAGCAUUUCCGUGCGCUGCUCUGGUUCGCCAGAAGCGGCUUAGUCAUGCUGGCCACAUGCCCCAGAAGCUGUACGCUGGCUCUCUUGGCCAAUAAAGCGAGAUGAGCACCGCAACCCCAGAGUCGGUCAGGACUGGACCUAAUGGUCAGGGGUCCCCUUUACCUUUAGUCCAUAACCCCUAAUGCAGCUUCCUAGUUCAGUUUAUGAGCAGUGCUGGGAGCAGCUGGAACCUAGCUACAAGUCCUGGACUCAGAAUCACUGUCAAGGCUCUGGAAGAACAACAACAACAUUGUUGUCUUCCGUUGGAAAAGGAAGAUUCUCUUUUCAAAUUCACACAUGUUCCGGUUCAUAAUUUGCAUCACUUAAUCCAGAUGAGGUUCUUUUUUUGAGGGGGGGGGAGCACGAUUUUUAUUCUACCUGUGCCUCCCAUUUCUCAAUCCCUCUUCAUAUACAGAUUAAGAAGAUCCCUGGAUAUUUUGUUCCCAGAAAGAUCUAGCCUCGGAAAGAAAUUCUCCCAGUGGACUUGGAUGUCUUCGUUGGAAGGAAAAGAACCACUUUGCCAAGUCUCUGAGGAAGGAGAGAGAAUGGCAGGUACAGAUUUUUUAAAACCCAUAAUGGGAAAGGUUAUCGUGGGAAUAACACAAACCUGCAAACCCGGGUUGCAUUGACCUUGGGCCAACCCUGCCUCACUGGCAUAGCUGUCACCGUUUCCCUUUUUUAAAGGGAAAUUCCCUUAUUCCGAAUAGGAUUCCUCGCAAGAAAAGUUGACAGCUCUGCGUGGUGGUGGUGGUGGAGAACCCAGAGAUCAGUGUUAGAACUGUUAGCUUUUUCGCAGAUUAGUUUGGCUGCAGAAGGUGUGCUGGGGAGACCACACCAAAUAACUUUUGCUUGGUUUAAUAACAAAAACAAAAACUCAUUUUACACUAAAUUGCAUUAUAUCAAUAAGUGUAACCCAUCCACCAGCGUACUGAGAGAGCUUCAUGCUGCUCUUAAUAUACUGUACCCAAGAGCUUAAUUAACAUAACCUAACAGCACCUGCUAUACUGCUUCACAGCUGUAAAACUAGGUCAUGUUAUUUGCUCCUGCCCUUAAAGAUAUACAGUGGUACCUCGGGUUAAGUACUUAAUUCUUUCCGGAGGUCCAUUCUUAACCUGAAACUGUUCUUAACCUGAAGCACCACUUUAGCUAAUGGGGCCUCCUGCUGCCGCCGUGCUGCCGGAGCACAAUUUCUGUUCUCAUCCUGAAGCAAAGUUCUUAACCCGAGGUACUAUUUCUGGGUUAGCGGAGUCUGUAAUCUGAAGCGUAUGUAACCUGAAGGGUAUGUAACCCGAGGUACCACUGUACACAUCUUGUGAAACAAUAAUGAAACCUAAAAUUUAAAGAAACCAUUCAACAGGAACACAGUCUUUGGAUGUAGAAAUCCGAAGGUUCAGUCCUGUCCUUGCAAUCAACAGAGUCCCAGUCUGAAAGCCUGCAGAGCAGUGGUUUUCAAUCAGUGUGCUGUGGCACCCUGGGGUGCCUUGAAGGAUGCUCAGGGGCUCCCCAGGUAACAUUGGCCCCUGUUCCUCUUUCCUUCCCAGCCUCCUCGGGUGCCCUCUUGCGUCUCUGCGUCCCAAAGGCUUGCACAGCUGUUUGUGGCGGCAGCCCUGGCUACAAGCUCCACAGGUGACUGGUCCUCUGGGGCUGGCCAGACGGUGCUUCCCAGGCCCCUGUGGGGCAGUGUGAGGAGGCAGUGCAAGGACGUGGGGCUCAGAGACCUGGCCGGGCAACAGCAGCUGCCCAGAGGACUCCCAAGGAGAGGAGAGGAGGCUGAGGGAACACUCCACAAGGGAGGGUGUUCAAAAAAGGGUGAGAGGCUGUCAGCUCUGUAGGCAACGGGUGACAUAACUGGGCUCCUGAGCCCCACAGGGGUGCUGCAGAAUGAUUGCAGUUGGUUGAGGGAGCCAUGGGCCCAAAAAAAGGUUGAAAACCUCUGCUGCAGAGGGGUCUGAAGGCAAGGGAACAGACAUAUCUGUGCCUGCUGAGGUCAAGUGGGAUAUUGGCCUGGCUGGAGUUUAUAUUGUCCUGGAGGGCAGCAUAUUCAGAAGGUAAACCCAGCUUUUGGUGUCUGCAAAUAACAUUAAAUAAUGCACCCAUAUACACAAAGUUUGAAAUCCUUUGUUUUCUGCUGGAAAUUCAAAAAAGUUUUCUUUUUCUCAACCCCCACCCCAGAUGAUGGGCAGAAUAAUGGGAAUUCUAUGCUAUCGUCAGGAACUCCUGCAGCUGAAGAAGGAAAAGAGAUGGUUGCAGAUGAAAGUGAACUUCAGAAGCACGGAGAAGAGAAAUCCUCAUCGUCUCUGGAGGUUAAUGCCCAUGAACCCCAAAUCCUGCAGGAAGAUGGACAAGGAAACAGCCAGAAAAUAUGCCCUGUGUGUGGGAAGAUAUUCCGAUACGAGUCAAAGUUAAAUAGGCAUUGCAGAAGCCACACGGGGGAGAAGCCAUUUAAGUGCACUGAGUGUGGAAAGAGCUUGAGCUCCAGCUGCAGCCUUCUUAAACAUCUAAGAAGCCACACUGGGCUGAAACCGUUUAAAUGCAUGGAGUGUGGAAAGAGUUUCCGUGAGAGCAGUACCCUCCUUACACAUACGAGAACACACACUGGGGAGAAACCAUUUAAAUGCAUGGAAUGUGGGAAAACCUUCAGUAGGAACACACAACUUACUUUGCAUCAGAGAACACACACAAGGGAGAAGCCAUUUAAGUGCUUUGAGUGUGGACGGACCUUCAAUCAGCUCAUUAAUCUGACUUCACAUAGCAUUAUCCACACAGAGGAGAAGCUAUUUAAAUGCAUGGAGUGUGGGAAGUGCUUUGGCGACAGCAGCGGCCUUACUCAACAUCAGAGAACCCACACAGGGGAGAAACCAUUUAAAUGUACAGAGUGUGGAAAGGGUUUCAAGCAGCCCAACCACCUUACUAUACAUUACAGAACGCACACCGGGGAGAAGCCAUUCAAAUGCAUGGAAUGCGGGAAGAACUUCAGCCAGCUGGUUAACCUUACUUCCCAUCAGAGAAUACACACCGGGGAGAAACCGUUUAAAUGCAUGGAAUGCGGGAAGAGCUUCACUGAUAGUAGUGGCCUCGCUCAACAUCAGAGAACCCACACAGGGGAGAAACCGUUUAAAUGCACGGAGUGCGGAAAGAGCUUCCAACAGCCCAGCCGCCUUACUCUACAUUAUAGAAUCCACACUGGGGAGAAGCCAUUUAAAUGCCUGGACUGUGGGAAGCGCUUCAGGCAGCUCAUUAACCUUGCUUCACAUCGCAGGACCCACACAGGGGAGAAACCCUUUGAGUGCAGGGAGUGUGGGAAGAGGUUUUGUAACAGCAGCAACCUCAUUUCUCAUAGCAGAACACACACUGGGGAGAAACCGUUUAAAUGUGCAGAAUGUGGGAGGAGCUUCGCAAAGAAGAAAAGCCUUACUUUACACCACAAAAAACACACAGAAGGAACCAUUUAGAUGUGUUGGAUGUGGGGAAAAGCUUCUGUAAGCUCAGCUUACUUUGCAUCACGGGACACAGCUUUCUGGGGGGAAAGCUUUUACAUGCAGAGAAUGUGAAAGGUUUAGUGUGAACAGUUGCCUUCCUUUAAAUCGAAGAAGACACACAGAGGAUAAUGAGCACAUAAAGAAGUGUCUUGGUGGAUCAGGCCCAUAGUCUAUUUAGUCCAGCGUCUGAUUUUCACCAGUAAACACAUUUGAAUGUAGAGUGAAGAAAGAGUUUAGUGUUAGCAAUGUCCUUCCUUUACAUCAAAGAAUGCCCAGUGUGGAGUUUUCUUGAGGGUACAGGCCUUACUGUAGAAAGUACUCCUCUUUCUCUUCCUCAAAGGACCCACAAAGAGAAGGAAACCUAUAAGUGUAUGAAAUGGGGAAAGAGCUUCAGGGACAGGAGUUACCUUCCACGAAAGAAUGCACCCAGCAGGAAUCCCAACAAAUUAAUUGAACCUCAAAAGAGCAUCAGUGGCAGAGCACUCUUGUUUCACAUGGAAGAAGCUACCCCAGGAAGACAGUAAGAAUGAAGGGAAGUUAGAAAGAGGUCAUUCGACACCUGAAAAUCUAAGCACAUUGAUUAAGGAGCACGCUUUCAUUUCCUACAAUCAAUUAGAUGCUGGACUAGCGGUUCUGUAAACAGUAACAUUUGAGAGAAAUGAACUGCAAUGUAAUACAUGCAAAAGUAUUAUGAACUGUAGAAAAUAGAAUGUUUGACCAUUUUGUUACUAGCGUUCCUAUGUCAAUUAUAGGUGUAGUGGAAUAGCGAACCGUGAUCACAAUUGAUUGCAAAAGAACUGCUUGACAAGCUCUUAUCAGGGUCAGCCCCAGUCAUCCUGCAACUUAAGGAAAAGGUGGUGGCCCCUCCCCGUUCCCUGGAGAGAACUCAACAGGACUGACUUUAAUCUUUCUUCUGCACUAGAGAGGUAAUAGCAUCUUCGCUUCUCUGGAGCCAGCAGGCCGGGAAUUUGGACCCUAGGAUAUUUAUACCCUGCCCUUCCCAGUUCAAAAACCGGGCUCAGGGCAGCUAAACAAAUUUAAAACACUUAAUUAUAAAAGCAGCAUAAAAUACAGUAUAAAAACAUGAAUAACAAUAAAAUUCAAAAAUCAAUUAGAUAAUCUCCAGGGCUAGCUGGCUGAAUUGGUCCUACUUGGGCCAGCGAGGAGGCCAGGGGAGAAUUAGCUGUGGGGUCUUGGAGCGGGUUAUCUUCAUAAAAGGGGAGGGGGAGGGAAGGGAAAUAAAAGAUCAGGCUAAGUUCAAAUUGAAAGCCAGGCGGAAUAGCUCUGUCUUACAGGCCCAACAGAAGGAGGUUAAAUCCUGAAAAGCCCUAGUCUCAUGGGACAGAGCAUUCCACCAAGUCAGAGCCAUCACUGAAAAGGCCCUGGCCCUGGUGGAGGAUAGUCUGACUUCCUUAGGGCCCGGGACCUCUAAACUAUGGUUAUUCAUGGACCUUAAGGUCCUCCGCAGGGCAUACCAGGAGAGGUGGUCCCAUAGUAAUGAAGUGAGCAGACAUUGUAGGGUCUUCAGCUUAUUUUAGAAGGGAUGGUCAAGGAUCUGGAAGCUGAGCCUUGUGAGGAAUGGUUGAAGGAGCUAGGUAUGGUUAGCCUGGAAAAGAGGAGACUGAGAGGAGGCAUGAUAGCCAUCUUCAAAUAUCUGAAGGGCUGUCACAUGGGAGAUGGAGCAAGCUUGUUUUCUCCUGCUCUGGAAGGUAGGACUCUAACCAAUGGCUUCCAGUUACAAGAAAGGAGAUUCCGACUAAACAUAUGGAAAAACUUUCUGACAGUAAGCUCUUCAACAGUGGAGCAGUCUCCCUCAGGAGGUUGUGGAGGUUUUUAAGCAGAGGCUGGAUAACCAUCUGUCUGGUGCUUUAUCCAAAAUUCCAGCAUUGCAGGGGGCUAAGCUGCUAUGAUUCUAUGAAAACAUUGGGGAGAGGAAGGUUUAACUAGGGUUUGGGAGUGAUGAGUUUGUAAAUGAAGAACAAGCACAGGGAUGAAAGCUUUCUCAGGCACUUCAGCAGGAAGUCUCAAGGAAGCUGACAUUUCCCUGUAGCCAGCAAAACUUGGCAAAGCAUACAAUAAAACCUAGCAGAACUUCUGGGGCAGGAAAUGAAGAUUUAGUUGGGAUGGGGAUAUACCUGUCCUUUGCAAGAUGUGAAUUGUUGCAGGAAGGAAGGAGGGAGGGAGGGAGGGAGGGAAGGUAAAGUAAGUAAGUAUUGGAGAGAGUAGAAACUAACUUUCAGGAAGUGAUGGGAAGGAUGGCAGAGGUGAAGAGGCAAAGUUUGGGACCACGUCAGUUUUUUUGAGAAUGUAAAUAAGAAAAAUGGGAGGCAAUCCAUGAUCUUAAUUCCUGGACACCAGACUGCUUCCUGCUAUCCUGCGUGUAAGACCCCAGAAGCCUGUUCCCCUCUAAUACUUUGAAGUCAGGGCAGAUGGAAAUGUAGGAAGCUUUACCUAAAGGGCCGAGGAAAUUUAGAAGGGCCAAUGUAGGAUUUAGCAGUGGAUAAGACUUUUUUUUCUUUUAAGUUGCUUGAUGUAGCACGUCUGUAUAACAGCCUUUUUACCUAUUACUUGGAUAUAGUUUCAUUUCCCCACAUAAUCUUGGCAUCCUAAUAGUUUCUAUGUAUAAUGCACCUUUGAUUUUCCUUGAUACUUUGUGGGUUAAACUUACGUCUUUCAUAAACUGAAAUGCGUUCAUUGGUCUUUUGUUGACGUGUUUUAAAUAAAGCAGAUUUCAGAUACCAC